CAGUUAAAACUCAUGCCUAUCCUCGAGUCGACAACCCAUGCAAAACCAAUACCACGUAAAUAACAAGCCAGACCAUUGAUCGAGCGAAGCAACCUUUCGAGAAUGCUGAAAAUAAAAAGAACGGAUUUUUCCAUCUCUUCAUACCCUCAUCCACCUCUCUUCAAUGCUUGCAAUCCGCGUCGGAAUUCCCACCAUGAGUUUCCUCUUCGGCAAGCGAAAGACUUCGGCAGGCCAUUUUCCCUCAAUGUGAACACUGCCCUUGGAUGCAUAGGCGAAUGGAAUUGUGAACACGAACUCCUUAGGGAGAAUAAGAGAAUGCUAGACAAAUCUAUUAGAGAGAUAGAAAGGGAGAGGCAAGGUCUACAAACGCAAGAGAAGAAGCUUAUUCUUGAGAUAAAGAAAUCUGCAAAGCAAGGGCAGAUGGUAUACUUAUCUUCCCCUUUUUUUAUGUUUCUAUUUUGUUCUGUUUGACGUACUGUCUUGCAAUGUAUGGAAGAUUGUUUACGUGCAAAGUUGGUUUCUCUAUUGCUUUAGCAAUGGUAGCUGUAAGUAAUACGUAGAUUAUUAUCCUUUCUUUCAAUCUUGAGGCAUGCUAUUUUCAAGUAUGAUCCCAGUUCAACAAUCGUAGGGCAUUGAUAUGGCAUGAGUAUGGUGUUUCUACUUCAAUUGAAGUGUUAAACUGGAUUAGAUAUAAUUACAUUAUGCAUUUUGUAUUUGCCCAGGGCUGUAGCAUCUAAAGUGUUUUAACAUUGUAGUCAGGGGUUCAAUGUGUCACAGUUAAAUAAGAUAUAAAAGAAAAAGGAUUGGUGAAGUUAUUUAGUCUUGGCCAGCUAAGCAAUGAAUUGAGCAUGAGUUUUAUCAAGGUAUCAUCCAAGCAUCACUAAAUCCUUUAGAUUACCUAUAACAUUUUCUUUGACAUGUAGAUCCCCUGGCCACACUUUGUAUUUGGUUCACUGUACUUCUUUGGUUGGUUCCUAGGUAAUGAUACCAUAAUUCUUUGAAUCUCUUUGCCAUUGGUAUCACCCUCACCAAAACAGAUCUCUAAUUCUUCGAAUCUCUUUUCCAUUGGUAUCUCCCCUCACCAAACAGAUUUCAGAAGGUAUUGCUUCUUCCAUUAAACUCAAAACUCUCCCUGUAGUAGACUUCCUUCUCCCUAUUCCUUUUGUCCAUUCUUCCUUUGAUCGCCUCUCACUGUUCCAUUGACCUUGUUUGGUGUCCCAAAUUCCCAAUAGACUAACUUCGUGAGACAUACAUUCAUGCUCCUGGACCAAUGUUGUUAAAAUCUUUAGCAUAUCAUGAAACAUAAUAGGGCU